UAUUGCCAUCCACAAGUCAUAACACAGAAAAAUCCUAAGUUAUUAGUAUGUGGCUGCUUCUGCCACUUUAUAUAAAGAACGUCCCUCUCCACACUCACCUUCCAGUGUGUACAAUAACAUAUAUCUAUGCAUCUAUGAUCCCAGUCAAAGCCAAUCUUUACACGGAAAACUUAGAUACAUAGCUCACAGGUUUAUUGGAGGAAGAUUUUCAAUUUCAAGCAAUGAUGCCAAAGGCCACAAUAUCUACUACCCCCACAAAUGAUUUUCAAGAACUGCAUAUGUUUCCUGCAGCAGUGAAUAAUGAAUAUUUGGUUUCACCUUCUCUUGAAGCAAGCUCUUCCUCAUCACCUUCACACUCAUCUUCAAACUCUCUCCUCUUCUACCUCUCACUUCUCAAGGACAAGCUAGGUCAACUCCACAACCUAGUUGGUGUUCUUGUCUCCCCUCAACAAAACCUACCCGAGUCAACUCCAACGGCAAUCUCCACCAUCAAUAACACAAUCCAAGAAAUCAUAGUGGCAGCCACUUCAAUGAGAUUCACCUGCCAGCAAAUGAUUUCUAGUUCCCCUUCAGGUACUAAUACUAUUAAUGAAUUGCACCAGCAACAAAUUGAUCAUGGUAGAUUAUUACCACCAUCACAUCAUGAAUCAAACUUUAUCAACAACAAUAGGGGUGUGCCUAGUAACAUUAACAUAGUCUCACAUAUAAAUAGAGGGCAAAGUUUCUUAUCUAAUAGUAUUGAGGGAGAGGCAUCAUUGGAUUGGUUUGCUGAAAGCUACAAUAAUAGCAAUAGUGGUAAUAAUUAUUUUAACCCUAAGGAUGAUGAAGCAGCCAACAUUAUUAACAACAUCAUGGGGGAGACGAGUGAUGACAUAAUUGAAUUGGAUGCUGCGGAUUUGUUGGCAAAGUACUCAUAUUUUUGCCAAGUGUGUGGGAAAGGGUUUAAGCGUGAUGCUAAUUUGAGGAUGCACAUGAGGGCACAUGGGGAAGAGUACAAAACAAGUGCAGCUUUGCGCAACCCAAUGAAGAAAAACAACAAAAAGGAGAGUAAUUUGUUGUUUUUAGGUGCAGAAGGAAGUGUGACAAAGAGAUAUUCGUGCCCUCAACAAGGGUGUAGAUGGAACCAAAGGCAUGCCAAGUUCCAACCUUUGAAGUCAAUGAUUUGUGCCAAGAACCAUUACAAGAGGAGCCACUGCCCCAAGAUGUAUAUGUGCAAUAGGUGCAACCAGAAACAGUUCUCUGUGCUUUCUGAUUUGAGGACACACGAGAAGCACUGUGGGGACUAUCCCAAGUGGCAGUGCUCGUGUGGCACUACGUUUUCUAGGAAGGACAAGCUUAUGGGCCAUAUUACUUUGUUCGCGGGGCACACCCCAGUUCCUAAUAUUAAUGGCAUGUCAUCAUACAUGGGAAAAUCAGAAGUACAACAGAAUAAUAUUGCUGGUGGUUUAAGAUGAUAUAUGUGUUUAAUUUGAUGAUUGAUCAUCAAGAGGUGCAGUACGUUUGGGAGUGUAAUUUUGUGCAUGGUUGCGACCAUAAGCAUUGUUGCUGAGCAAUAUUGUCUUUCGUUCUUUUUAAUGUUAGUUUUCUUUUUAUUUCUUGGUGGUGUUUUCUACCGACUAGACUCUAAUUAGACUGUAAUGAUAUUGUUUGUAGAAUGCUGUUCAUUUGACCCUGA